CGCGCAGGCGCAGAGGAGAGUAAACAGGCGGGGAGCGGCGGCACUGCGGCUGGUCGCCGAUAACGGUCCGCCGGUGCCGGCCAUCGGAGCAGCGCCAGUCAUGUGAGUGCCGCCGUCCCUCCGCGGCCCACGCUCGCAGGCCAGGCCCGACUCGGUGACGAGCCUGGAAUUUUCCACGUGGAUGACAAGGAACCUUGAAACUCGCACAGCUUAGCUGCAGAGCACCGGAAGAAAACAAACAUCAGCAUUUGAAUAUCCUGCCAUGGAGACUAAAGAGUUGAGAAAAGAGAGAAGACCAGGUUACUUUGCCAGGUUGAAAAGAACAAAGCAACUAAAACAAAAGGAAGCGGAAUCUACAAGCUGCAAUACUGAAAAUCCAUUGCCUAAAAUAGAAAUACAAACUGGUGAAGAUGACACUAAAGAAAAUCUCCGUGUGUCUUCACGACAUAUGAUUGACAAUGAAAAGUUCAUGGAUAAUUCAGAAAAUUCGUUGAAAAGGGAUAAUCCUGCAGAUGACAAAAGAAAAUCUGUUCAAAGGAAAGAAAUCCGACGUGCAGAGCUUAAGAAUUUUUACUUGUCUGGUGAUGGUCAGAUGAUCAGGAAUAAGGAAAAGAAAAUGGUUGUUAAGAGGCCAAAAGGAACCAUAGAAUAUGAGGCUGGGUCCCAAGACACAAUUAACACCAUUGCUUUGAAAUUCAACAUUACUCCAAAUGAACUUGUACAAAUGAACAAACUUUAUAGUCGUGUUGUUGUUCCUGGUCAGAUCUUGUUUGUUCCAGAAGCACCAUAUUCUGCUGCAGCAAAUUCCCCAGACUGUGGAAGCCCUCUGACUCCACCCUCAUCAGAUACAGAGUAUGAUAAACUUCCAGAUGCUGAUCUUGCAAGAAAAGUAACAGCUAGGAAUUUCCUCUCGUCACCUGUGCAUUCCCAGCCCAUUGUGAGGGUAACAUCAUCUGGUUCAGAAGAUGAUGAACCACUGACAGAGAAGUUUUUGAAAAUGAAUUGCAGAUACAUAACAGAUGGCGAGGGCGUGGUUGGAGGUGUUAUGAUCGUCACUCCAAAUAACAUAAUGUUUGAUCCACACAAGUCUGAUUCCCUUGUCAUAGAAAAUGGCUGUGAGGAGUAUGGACUCAUUUGUCCCAUGGAUGAAGUCGUAUCCAUUGCCUUGUACCCUGAUAUCUCGCACAUGAAGAUUAAAGAUGCCCUUCCAUCUGAUGUACCAAAGGAUCUCUCUCCCCUGUAUAGGCCAGGAGAUUGGGAUGAUCUAUCUGCUGAGAGGGAUCUAAAUCCAUUUAAUCGCUUCAAGGGCAUGAGUAAAAAUCGCCAGGUGAAGACUUCUGAUUCUUUGGAAAACCAUUAUCCUGUCCAAAACCGUAUGGAAGAUGCAGCUGAUGAAUGUUUUACUGAACUUGCACCAUCUCCAGAAAAAGAGAAAAGUGUUGCAGCAAAUGGUACUUCUGGAGGCAUAUCUGAACAUGUAUCAGAAAUGACUGCAGCUCUGUCUGUCUUGAAAAGCCAAGAAUAUUGCAAAAAUGACUCAGCUACUGAAGAGAAACCUUCAGAAAUGCCUAAGCCUGUGGACUCUACGAAACUUGACUUACUUGUGAAAACUGAUGAGUCCAAUGACCAACAAACCAUGCUUAAAGAAUUGUUACUUGAACGCACUUCAAAAAUAUGCAUUAAUUCUUCUGGAAGUCCAUUGCUAAUAUCUGGUGUUCCAUUGGAUGAGGGACUUUCUGUGGACAGUGAAAUUACCUUUAAUAGUGACGGUUCAAUUAUAACACCUGAGGGAAUUCACCAAGAUAAUGACUUGAGCAAGGUUCCAACAGUGCAGAUUUUGUCAACUGGUAUGCAUCCAGAUAAGAUUACCAAAUCAGCUUUGAAGGAGGUAGUUGAAGACAAUGUAGAAGCUGGCUGUCAAUCAGAAAUACAAGCUUUCUUUGACAAACUUAAAGGACCAAUUGAAGACAUGCUUCCAUCAAAGGAGGAGAAGAGUAAAAAACCACCCAUGUUCCUUUGCAUUAAAGUUGGGAAACCAAUGCGAAAGUCAUUCGUGUCGUAUGGCAUCACAAAAAUACACCAAAAUGUGAAGAGGGAGAAGCAGCCAGAAUAUUGGUUUGCAGUUCCACAAGAAAGGGUAGAUCAUCUGUAUGCAUUCUUUGUUCAGUGGUCACCUGAAGUAUAUGGGAAAGAUGCUAAAGACCAAGGAUUUGUGGUGGUGGAAAAGGAUGAAUUGGAAGUGAUAGACAAUUUCUUCAGUGACCCAGUUCCUAAAAGUUGGGAGAUCAUCACUAUUGAGGAAGCAAAACGACGCCAGAGCAUUAGUAGUUUUUAUGAAGAAGAGAUAGAAGAUCUUCAGCCUGUACUUACAGACCCCAGUGAACUGCUUGAGAGUUUCCACAUUGAGAAGCUUAUGCUGCAUCUUCCUGCAAGAACACAGGGAUACGCUUGGCGCCUUAUGUACAGCACAGCUGUCCAUGGAACAAGUUUAAGAACACUUUACCGUAGUUUGGCUGUUAUCGAUUCCCCAGUUCUCUUAGUUGUCAAAGACAUGGAUAAUCAGAUAUUUGGAGCUUUGGCAUCGCACCCUUUCAGAUUAAGUGACCAUUGUUUUGGUACAGGAGAAACCUUUCUGUACACAUUUAAUCCACAGUUCAAGAUAUUUAGGUGGAGUGGAGAAAAUUCGUAUUUCAUUAAAGGAGAUAAAGACUCGUUAGAACUAGGUGGAGGAAGUGGCCAUUUUGGCUUGUGGCUAGACGCAGACUUAUAUCACGGCCGAAGCAAUUCAUGCAGUACGUUUAACAAUGAAACACUUUCAAAAAAAGAAGACUUCAUUGUGCAAGAUCUUGAAGUGUGGACUUUUGUAUAAGUUAGCCUGAUUCAGUAGUCCACUUGGUUCUGUUUUCCAGUCCAUUGGAUGUUAUGAUUCCACUGCUAGCUGCCUUAUAUUGUGUCCAGUGCUCACAAUUUACUGUAAAUGAGCAUGUUUCCGAAUGCUUGAGCUACACUUCUCAAUCUGAAUUACAAAGGAGAUCACAGGGCUCAGCUUUCCAGAGAGGCAACAACUUCUUUCCAUUCUGUCAACUUGCUUGGAAUUACCACAUGCUGAAGGAAACCAGCUGAGUUGGCAAAGUCUUUUUAGCGGAACUGUAUUUGGUUGAAAAGGGAGAGCAAAACAAUACUUUUGCUAUGACAGACGUAGCUUCUUCCAAAUGCUGUAUGCUAGUCGAAGAAUGGCUGGCAAUAAACUGAGUACAGCCAAAGCCAGGGUGCAAGGCAGUGCUUUUCAACUUAAGAGGAUAUUUAAUAUUUAAACCUUCAGUGACAAUGCAUGUCGAAGACAUUUUUAAAUACUCAUUUGCUUUUCUGAUUUUUUUAAAUUGUUUUUAUCACAUUGCUUAAAGUCCAACUGGAAUAUUCAAUAUCCUCUAAGAGCGUUUGGUGGUUUUGCCAGUAGGUGGGGAAAAAUUGUUGAAGAGUUAAUAGUUACGGAAGAAAAGAAUUGCAGUUAAGCCAGGACCAUUUAAAUGCUAUAGUACAGUAUAUUAACUUUUAUUUUUAGUUACAAUGGAUGUUGUAUCCUUUCGUUUAGGGAUGGUUUUAUAUCGGUGCAGGCACUGAACGCCAUGGUGUGAAUAUUUGUUUACAGUUAGCAGAAAGAUUAUGUAAUAUUCUUAAUUCUGUAUGCAUUUUUGCAUUCAUUUGAACAUUCCAGUGUCUUGAGGGUACCAAGGGAACCUAAAUGCACAUGAAGAAUAUUAGAGCACUUUGAAAGAAAUGGUAGUUUAUGGCACCAAAUACAAUUUGAAUGUGUAAACUUUUUUUUACAUUGUUCUCCAUUUUGAAUUACAAGUUCAUUUUGCACAACAAAGGAUGUGAAAAUGUACUUUCAUUUCUGGAUUAUUUUCAUUAAUCAUUAAGCAUAUUAUAAUACUUCAGGAAAGCUUAAAACACUUCAAUAUGUUAAACAAGUUUGAUUUCUUUCCUGUCCUGGAGUAGAUAAUUGGAAUAUCAAAGAAGCAUCAUUUUUUGGUUUCUAUAGGUGCCAUUUCUACUUGUAUCACCAAAAUUGAAGAAAUAAAGAAUAUACAAAGUUAAAAUUUUCUAUAAUAUUUCUGCAUAUUUGUUUUUGUGGUGCUGUUUAAAAAAUAUCUGAACUGAGCACUAAAAGGUUUCACCAUUUUUUUUAAGUUUAGCAUUUGAUAUGUUAAAUAGCUUAAAAAUCAUAUUGUAUUUAAUACAUUAUACCUGUAUUGUCAGAACAAUCAAAAUUGUAUCUGAAUUCUGUAUCUGUGAAUGUUGUUAAGAACAAAAGACUUGCAGUAAAUUGAAUAAAUCUGUGUACUUAAGAACAUUGUGAAAUAGA